AUGGACGGGAAGCUUGAGAGCUCAGCCAAGAAAACCAAUCUGGAGACCUCCCUGCUCCUGCUUUGCCCUCAGCCCUCUAAGACAGCCAGCCGCUACCGGCGAUUUCUUAAGCUCUGUGAGGAAUGGCCCGUGGACGAGACCAAACGGGGACGGGACUUGGGCACUUACCUGCGGCAGCGGGUAGCACAGGCCUUUCGGGAGGGAGAAAACACCCAGAUUGCAGAGCCUGAGGCCUGUGAUCAGAUGUACCAGAGCUUAGCACGACUCCAUUCAAACUACUACAAACACAAGUACCCUCGCCCCAGAGACACUAGCUUCAGCGGCCUGUCCGUGGAAGAGUACAAGCUGAUCCUGUCCACAGACACUUUGGGAGAGUUUAAGGAAAUUAAUAAAGGCAUGUGGAAGAAACUGCAGGAGAAGUUUGCCUCCAAGGGUCCUGAAGAGAAGCAUAAGGCCUGGGCCCAGUCCUUAUCUCGCCCACGUACCUAAGUAUGGAGCCUCAGAUGUGGCCACCUGCAAUAAAACCCGUGAUUUCUCUCGGA